UAAGCAUUAUUCGGAAAGAAACAUCUUCUUAUCUCAUCUCUGUGGCCUCGCUUCUCUUCUUUUCUGUUCCAUCGUCGUGUCUGUCUUCUCCAUUAUUUCAAUCCCCAAACAACAACCAACUAUAUGUACUACCCAACAAACUAAAACCAACACGUACACUCCUCAAUCUCAUGCUCAUGCUCAUGCUCAACUCAACUGUAACCGACUCAAGAAACCCUUUAUAUAUAUUUUGAAUGCUCUUUUGCGGCAUGAACCACUGUGUUCCUGAUUUCAAUUCUCAAAUGGAUCAACAACUGUUACCUCGCCCUAAGAAACCCUUCAUUGCAGACGAUGAGAUUAUGGAGCUGUUAUGGCAAAACGGUCAAGUUGUAACGCAGAGUCAAAACAAUCGUCAUGUGAACAAACAACCGCCGGGGAGAAACUCUGACGGUGGAACUUCAUCUGAAGUGGAAAAUAACAAUCAAUUUCUCUUCAUGCAAGAAGGUGAAAUGGCUUCGUGGCUUCAUUAUCCAAUCAACAAUGAUCAUGAUGAUGAUCAUGAUUCUCCCUUCUCCGCCGAUUUUCUCAACAAUAACAACAACAGUAGCAUGCAAACUCCUCACCGGACUUCUCAAUUGACUGAACUCCGGAGGAAUCCGAUGUCGGUGGCUCCUUCUCGUCCUCCGAAUCCGCUACAACGGAGAUCCGAGCAAGUGCAGCCUAAUUUCGCGUACUUUGCUAGGCACGGUGUUAGAGCUGAGCCAGGAUCAUCGUCGAUUUUGAGAAAUUCUGCGAGGGAAUCAACGGUGGUAGAUUCGUGUGAUACGCCGGCUACGAUGCUGGCGGCAGGUUCAGAGACUUUACGAAGCUUAGCGGAUCAUACGGAAGGAGAAACCGGAGUGUCGGCGCCUUCAACGACGAUGUUUGAUGAACCGGGCGGUUCGAGUAGUAGUGGCGAACCGGUUCAGAAGUUAGGGGAGCAGGAUCGGAAGAGGAAGGGAAGAGAAACGGAGGAAUGGGAAUAUCAGAGCGAGGAUGUCGAUUUUGAAUCUGCGGAAGCCAAAAAAAAUGUCAGUGGAUCAUCUACAAAGAGAUCUCGUGCUGCUGAGGUCCAUAAUCUCUCAGAAAGGAGGCGUCGUGAUCGGAUUAAUGAAAAGAUGAAAGCUCUGCAAGAACUUAUACCUCGAUCUAAUAAAUUUGACAAAGCUUCUAUGCUGGAUGAAGCAAUUGAAUACUUGAAGUCACUUCAGUUACAAGUUCAGAUGAUGUCCAUGGGAUGUGGCAUGGUACCGAUGAUGUUUCCUGGAAUCCAGCAGUAUAUGCCAACAAUUGGAAUGGGGAUGGGGAUGGGAAUGGGUAUGGGAAUGGGUAUGGAAAUGGGAAUAAACAGACCAAUAAUGCCAUUUCCAAAUAUGUUAUCUGGUUCUGCUUUGCCUGCAGCUGCAAAUUUGGGACCAAGGUUCGCGGCCAUGCCCCCUUUCCACGUGCCGCAUGUUCCUAUACCUGAUUCAUCCAGAAUGCAAGCAACAAAUCAGGCAGUUAAUAAUAUUUUAACCUCAGUUGGAACAUAUGAUUCAAAUCAGUCACAUAUACCAAACUUCACUGAUCCUUAUCAACAAUACCUUGGACCCCACCAGAUGCAGUUUCAAUCAAUGCAGAGUCGGGCAAUGAACCAACCAAAUGUCGGCAAGCCAAGUAUCACUAGGCCCCUUGAGAAUCCAGAAAUCCACCAGUCAGGUAAAUUACUUUAUCUUAGUAUUUUGCAGGAUUUGGUUAGUUUAGGCAGAAAUAAAAGGAUGGUUUGUUAUUCUUGGUUUUAAUAAUUUUGAUGUACGCAUACGGUGUUCCUGUGUCAUACGCCUCUGUAGCAUGGUAACUUCCAGAUCUGGUUGUUUACAUCAAUGAAGUAUUCUAUUUUCCAGAACCAAUUUACUGAAUCUUUAUUAUAUAUCAAAUAUCACUGCUUCUAAGUAUCUCAAUCAUUUUCUUGAUUAUGUUCAGGAGAUAAAUGAUUAUUUGAUAGUUACAAUCAAGGGCUGACUAUUGAAAUGGUGCUGCUUAUUACUACUAGCUCUCAAAAUGGUACUACUAGUAUUAUUGUUAUAUUUUCUGCCAUCUAUACUAGAGUAUGCCAAGUUUUGUAGUGUAACGGAAUGAACCUUUUAGCAGUUCUCAGUUGCAAGCUAAUCUAUACACGGCUAACAUGUAAAUUAUUGUAAUGUACUCCGACUCAGUUUUCUCUCUUUUUUAUCUUCCCUCAUUUACACUUUUUCUAUUUACAAAAUAAAUUGGGAACACUUUCAUCUGAUGAAGUGGUCAUCGAUUAUAUUAUAUUAUAUGUAUGUAAAUGUAAUGUAAGGUUAGAUCAUGAAAAUAGUUUAUAGCUGCUUUAUUCAUUAAUGGUUUGUAA